AUGCGAUGCCCUUCGCCAGUUAAUAUAGAUUCUUUGCCCAUAAAUAAAAUGUCGGACGACGAAGAAUACGAUAUUGCUGGAGCUUUAUCCUUAGUUGGAAAAGACGUUGACUCUAGCUCGGAGUCGGAUUCUGGCUUCUCGGAUUUCGAAGACGAAGAGCCCCAGGAUGUAAUUUCAGACAAUGAAGAGGAAGCAGCUCCAGCCAAAAAGAAACAGAAAGCAGUUCCAAGCAAAGAAACAGCUUUUCCUUCCUUAGAGCUUUCUGAUGAUGAAGGCUCUGCAGAAAAGGACAGCAAAGAUAUUGCUAGCUAUUUUGCUGUAAAUAAUCCAACAGCUAAAAAGGCUAAGGCUGGUACAUUUGCAUCUUUCGGACUUUCCAAGUUCAUCUUGAGUAACAUUGCCAAAAAGGGAUACAGGCAACCGACACCGAUCCAAAGAAAAACUAUCCCAUUGAUCAUGGAGAAUCGUGAUGUUGUUGGUAUGGCAAGAACUGGUUCUGGUAAAACUGCCGCUUUCGUAUUGCCAGUGAUUGAAAAAUUGAAGUCUCACAGUGCAAAAGUCGGUGCCCGUUCCGUGAUCUUAUCACCUUCGAGAGAGUUGGCAUUGCAAACAUUCAAGCAAGUGAAGGAGUUUAGUAAGGGUACAGACUUGAGAUCUGUUGUUCUUAUUGGUGGUGAUUCUUUGGAGGAGCAAUUUUCGUCUAUGAUGUCCAACCCAGAUAUAAUUGUUGCUACCCCAGGUAGAUUUUUGCACUUGCAGGUUGAAAUGCAGUUGGAUUUAAGUACAGUUGAGUAUAUUGUGUUCGAUGAAGCUGAUCGCUUAUUCGAGAUGGGUUUUGCAGAACAAUUGAAUGAAUUGUUGGCAAUUUUACCAACUUCAAGACAGUCUUUAUUAUUUUCUGCAACCUUGCCAAGAUCCCUUAUUGACUUUGCUAAAGCUGGAUUAUCAAACCCUGUGUUAGUGAGAUUGGAUGCUGAGUCCAAAAUUUCGGAUCUCUUGCAGAUGGCUUUUUUCUCUACCAAGAAGGCCGAAAGAGAAGCUUCUCUUUUGUGUAUCAUACUGGAUGUUAUCAAGAUGCCAUUAGCUACACAAGAAGAGAUAGCGAAAAUCAAAAGGGAAAGUAAGAAGGCAGAUGAGCUUUCUGAUGACGAGGACGAAAAGCCAGAAGGCGACAAGAAAAAGAGGAAGAAGUUCAAAAAGGAGAGAUUGCCCCCUGCAAAUGUCUUGCCUUCUCCUCACUCGACUAUUGUUUUCGUACCAACAAAGCACCAUGUUGAGUAUGUAACUGGCUUAUUGCGUGAUGCUGGCUAUUUGGUAUCAUAUAUCUAUGGUUCUUUGGAUCAAAGAGCUAGAAAAGAGCAAUUGUACAGGUUCAGAAUCGGACUCACAACCUUGUUGGUUGUUACUGAUGUGGCUGCCCGUGGUAUUGAUAUUCCAAUUUUGGCCAAUGUUGUCAACUAUACCUUACCUGCAUCAUCCAAGAUCUUUAUUCAUAGGGUUGGCCGUACUGCAAGAGCUGGUAAUAAGGGAUGGGCAUAUUCCAUUGUGAAUGAGCAAGAAUUACCUUAUCUUCUUGAUUUAGAGUUGUUCUUGGGUAAGAAAAUUUUGGUUACUUCGAUGCACGAGAAAAAAUGUGAGCUUAUGAAGGCUUCUAAAGGUGACGACUAUGUUGAGCCUAAGAUAUCUUACACUGACAGACUUGUGCUUGGCUCCCUUCCACGUAUCCAAUUGGAGAACAGCCAGGAGAUGUACGAAUCGCUUCUUCGUCACAAUUACGACUUGAAAGUAAUUAAAGACGUUGCUGCUAAAGGUGAAAAAUUGUAUCAUCGUACAAGACAAGCUGCUUCUACUGAGUCAGUCAAAAGAACAAAGGAGUUAGUUCAGACUGGUUUGUGGGACGAGCAACAUUUGAUUUUCGGUCCUAACUUGGAGAAAGAAAAAGAAAAGUUCCUUGCUCUGUUGGCUAACAGGAAUAUCAAGGAGACUGUAUUCGAAUACUCAAAAAAGGGCAGAGAGAAGGAAGAAGAUUCUCUUGUAACUUUGAUGCAAAGAAGAAGACGCCAAAUUGCUCCUCUUCAGAGGAAGGCGAAGGAAAGAAGGGAGCUCCUUGAAAAGGAAAGAAUUGCAGGUUUGAGUCACACCGUUCAAGAUGAGAUUUUGAAAGGUGAUGCUGGUGAAGUGGGUUAUUCUGUCACAGCAGUGGAAGCGGACGAGGAGGAACUUCAAGAAGCUUUUGAAGAUGCUGACGAGUUGCAUGCUAAACGCAAAGAGAAGAGAAAGAGUUAUAAAGAUCCCCAAUUUUACUUAAGUCAUCAUGCUCCGGCUGAAGCUAUUCAAGAUCAGCAAUUGGCUUUGCAUUCUUCUUUCGUUAAUGACGCUGCGAAGGCUACGUUCGACUUAGACAAUGACGAUAAGAGUCAGAAGAACAGUCAAGUCAUGAAAUGGGACAAGAAGAAAGGAAAGUACAUCAACAUGAAGUCUGUUGAAGGCAAAAAGUAUAUUAUUGGAGAAAGUGGACAGCGUAUACCCGCCUCAUUCAGAUCCGAGAAGUUUGAUGAAUGGAGGAAGAAGCGGAAUAUACUGUCCGCUUCAAGUGGAAUGUCUGAGACUGCCGACUCUGGUAAAGAUAACAACAAGAGGUUCAAACACAAAAAAAGGGACGCGCCUAAAGCUCCUGAUAAGUUUAGAGAUGAUUAUCACAAGCAGAAGCAGAAGGUUAAUAAGGCUCUUGAGUCUGGCAUUAAUGUGAGAGGAUUCAACAAACCUGGUCAAAGACAGGAAUUGAGGUCCACUGAACAAAUAAGAAAGGCCAGACAAGUGAAGGAGCAAAGGAAAGCAAAGAAUGCUCGCCCAAGCAGAAAACGCUAA